AUCCCUGUAAAGAUCGCACGAUCGUAUUGUGAUGAUUAAUCCAUCAGUCCCCUCGGCCCGCGAUUAUUACAACGUAACGAACGAGUGGAAAAACAAAGAGAGGGAAGAAAUGAAAACAAGAUGAGAUUGUCGCCGACUAAAGCGACGGGUAGCCGCCGACCUUGCCGUGUCCACCGCGUCCCGUUAUACCUCGUGGAAUUCCAAGUCCGCGCGGUGGCGCCGUCAGUCGAGUAACGCGGCAAACACGAUUACGUUCACCGUCGUGGAGGAGGAGGAGAGUUGCAGUAGCCGUCGAGCCGGAUUAGUUCCCAGUGCUCGCGUUAUUCACAGACGUUCAUGCCGCAUCGACCGUCGAGCCCAAGGUUCUCUGGUCCAGUGUGUCCGCGAUGGAGAUCGAGGUGGUGACGGCGAGCGGCUCGAGGAGCGUAGCCACGGUUACGGCCAAUCCGAACACGACGGUGGGCGAGAUAAAGAAGCAAUUGAACAAAUUGAAGAAAGGAACGUACGUACAGAGGCAGUGCUUGCGGCUGUCGCCGAAGGGCAAAGCUCUCGGCAAUGAGGAGACCGUCGAGGCUUUGCAGCUAAAGAGCGGUGCGAAAUUGUAUUAUAAGGACUUGGGGCCACAAAUUGGCUGGAAAACGGUUUUCAUAGCAGAGUAUGCGGGACCCCUGGCAGUCUACUUCUGGCUGUAUAGGAGGCCAUGGAUUUUUUAUGGGAAUCUAGCCGAUAGCACAUUUAGCCCAGUAGUGCAUUGGGCGGUGGCAUGCUGGUCCAUUCACUAUAUAAAGCGGCUGUUGGAAACUGUAUUCGUUCAUCGUUUCAGUCAUUCGACAAUGCCAUUGAGAAAUCUUUUUAAGAAUUGUACGUAUUACUGGCUGUUUGCUAUGUACGUUGCCUACCAUGUUAAUCAUCCGCUUUAUACGCCACCGUGUUCACUGAGUUUCGUCAUUGGAGCAACAGCAUUCUUUGUAUGCGAAUUAGGCAAUUUGAGCAUUCAUUUGGCACUCAGAAAUUUGAGACCUCCUGGAACGACGAUAAGAAAAAUUCCAAUGGCCACUAGGAAUCCCUUCACGCUAUUGUUCAAUUUGGUUUCCUGUCCUAAUUACACUUAUGAAAUUGGAAGCUGGAUCGGCUUCACCAUCAUGACCCAAUGUCUCCCAGCUGGCCUAUUUACCCUCGCAGGUGCCUAUCAAAUGACCGUGUGGGCACAAGGAAAACACAAGCUUUACAAAAAGGAAUUCUCCAAUUAUCCAAAGUGUCGCAAGGCAAUUAUUCCAUUCGUUUUGUGAAUGAACUAGGAAUGCAUUUCCAUAAGCAAAGACUAUCAACAUUUAUAUGGG